AUACUAGCCAAAAGCCCGGAUGUUAGGAUGCUAUGAAUCGGUUGGCAUUGAAUAGAGUCCUCAGUAGACCUAGUUACAGUUUUUCUUUAUUAAGGUUGUAUACCUCAGCGAUGUCUGAUAAAGAAGAUCUCAUUUCAGUGGAUUACGAAAUAUUUGGGAGAGUGCAGGGGGUGUUUUUCCGAAAAUACACACAGGCAGAGGGGAAGAAGCUGGGCUUGGUAGGCUGGGUGCAGAACACAGAGGCUGGGACUGUUCAGGGGCAGCUCCAAGGCCCCAGCUCCCAGGUCGAACAGAUGCAGGAGUGGCUCAAGACCACAGGCAGCCCCAAGUCACAAAUCAUCAAGGCAGAGUUCAAAAAUGAGAGGAAAAUCGAGGGCUUGGAUCACACGAACUUCAAGAUUGUUCGCCCCUGACAGUAAUUUCAUAUAAGCUUUCAAUGCUUUUUAAAAAGUGUUCGUUGGCCUGAAAUUCACUCCUGGUAUUAAACUAAUUUAUUUUGUUCAUCUGUGUUGUCGUAGUAUGUCAGGAGGGAAAAUAGUUUACAUUUGGCUGGUGGCCAAAAUAGGAAUGUUAUUUAUUGCAAUGACAAGUUAGUACUUGGCCCAUUGCUCUUGCUGGGCAAUAACAAAAACUGAAGUGCUGUCCACUCAAUAUAGCAAUGACUUUCCAUUAUAAUAAACUAUUC